UAUCAAGCUGUGUUUGCGUUAAAAACGUGUUUUCUACCCCAAAUAUAAUGGAGCAGAUUUUGAAAAAAGCUGAAAAAGCAAGAGAAUCAUUAAUUCCAUCGAAAAGUGAAGCCGUAUACCAAAAAGAAUACAAGAUAUAUCUGGAGUGGCUGACACGGAAUAAUGUUAUGCCAAAAGAUGCCACUGAAACUGUAUUACUGGCAUAUUUUCAAGAAUUGUCAGAAACGUAUAGUCCGAAUUCUUUAUGGACUAAAUGGUCAAUGCUAAAAUCGAAGGUGAAUAUACAUGAGAAACGAGAUAUCGCCAAGUUCAAUGAACUAGAGGCUUUUUUGAAACGGAAGAGUAAGAGUUAUAAGCCGAAAAAGUCUGCUGUUUUAUCUCCUAAUGAUGUUAUCAGAUUUCUAAAGAACGCUCCUAAUGAAAUUCAUUUACUGCAUAAGGUUGUUUUGAUUAUGGGUUAUUUUGGAGGAUGCAGAAGUCAGGAACUUUUGAAUAUGAAGAUAUCGGAUAUAGAGGACCGGGAUUCCGUUAUGGUAGUGAACGUACCGGAAAGUAAAACUGGUGUAUCGAAGAAAUUUACAGUUGUGGAUGAAAAAGAGUUCUCUGCUUUGCCUUUAUUAAGACUUUAUAUGUCUUUACGUCCUAAAGGUAUUGAACGAUUUUUUUUGCGCUUCCAACAAAAUAAAUGUACAUCUCAGCCAAUUGGAAAAAACAUGUUUGGGAAAAUUCCCAGCAAAAUCGCAAUGUAUUUAGGAUUGCCAAACCCAUCUUCCUAUACGGGACAUUGCCUUCGUCGCACUUCUGCUACUGCUCUAGUUAAUGCAGGAGCAACUAUGACUAACUUAAAAAGACACGGAGGUUGGAAAAGUUCCACGGUGGCGGAGGGGUGUCUGGAGGGUAGCAAAAAAUUGAGAAAUAAAACGGCGCGUAUGUUGUCUACUUUGCCAUUAAAAGAGGCAGUGGUAAUCAUCAUCCUCAUCGUAGGAAAGGGCUUUCAAACCCACUCCGAUGGGCUGGACAUAGCUGUCAUAGUAUGCCUAAUAUUGACGUGGACAACUGAUCUCUGCAGUUCAUCGCAGACCAUCGGUGAAGCCAUCGACUGUGUGCUCCCGUUCCAAUUCAUUCUUCUGAUACUAGAAGGAUUAUCGCUGGUAUCUACGGCGGCGUAUAUAUUGACGUAUGCUAACAUUACUACAGACAUCAUAGCAAAUAUCCUUGGAUGUGUUACUGGAAUCUUGUACUUCGUGGAUGCCGUUGUGAGUUUUCAAGCUUACGAAAUAUGCAAAUAG